CACGCAUAUAUUCGUUGUUGCAUAUAGGUGUACUAACAUCGCGAACGCAAAUAAUUAGUAAACGGUGCGAAACAGGAGUAAGAAAAGGGUUGAAGUUUAUAUAUAUUUCAUUACUACAUCGAAGUUUAAUCGAAUUUUGGGUGCGUUUCUUUGACAGUGAUCGUGAUACUUUAAGUGAUAGUGACAACAAUGUCCGUGAUUAUGGAUUGUUUUUGUCAGUAGCGGACGUGUUAAGGUUGUUUAUCGCUUUGUUUAGCUGACUUCUGAUAAAGGAUUUUGAUCUAUCGUUUUUUCUAAUCUUCGUGGAACGUUCGACAACAACUUUCUGUUUAGCGGGAGUUUUUGAUCGAAAGAAACGGUGUCUUUUGUUUCUCAAGGGUAGUCUAUCCCGUCCUUUACACCGUUUCCCUCUCUUUACGCUUGCACGUCACUCGGGCAGUGCAAGAAAGCAAAACUCGUCACGGCCUAAAGGUUUAAUUCUAAGGACCGAUUACUGAAAUCGGGACUAGAUACACAGACGGUAAAUUCGUCUCGAUAUCUUUAAUUAGAGAUCUGUGAUGUACAAGUUCGGCGCCGCGGGAAAAAUCAUUACGUCCACGAUUAAUUUCGUACACUCAAAAAGGAAAGGAAUUUUCAUAUACAUAAAAAAAAUGUACAAAGACUCGAUAAGUCUUCGAAGUCGUAGAAAUUUUUUAACUUUUCGAUUGUAUUGAACUAUCUUGGCCGUGCGACUGAGAAACGAGGCCAAGUUUUGUCAAGAAAUAUACGCUAAAGGUCAUCAACUCCUGUGUAACGUAAUGGGGUAUUAAUGACAAGAGCGUUCCAAUAGGAGAUGCACCAAGAGUACCCAGUACAGAGACGCUGUUUUUAUCUGACAUAAAGGAAAAACCACUGUUCUUGACAAGAUGAAGUUGCUCGAAAGUACACGUUUUGAAGCUAUAAACAGUGCCUUGUCCAUCAAAACUGGAGACAGCAAAAUAAUAGGCAGAAUAGAGAGUUACUCUUGCAAAAUGGCUGGAAAUGACAAACAGCUGUAUAAACGUUUCAAUGCUGAACAAGGUUUUACUCCGCAUGAUCUUCAAGCCCUUUCACCACCACAAACAUCCUUGGGAACAUCACCUGCUCAAGGAUACUUUAGCCGUAGUGUAUCUGGUGAUGAAGAUGGCCCACUAUGUGACACAAUCAGUAGAAAAACAUUGUUCUAUUUGAUAGCCACUUUGAAUUCAGCUUUCCAUCCAGAUUAUGAUUUUUCUGAUGCUAAGAGCCACGAGUUCAGUAAAGAACCAAGCUUACAAUGGGUGAUGAAUGCUGUAGACAGUAAUUUAAGUGCAACUGCAGGAGACCACUAUCGCACUCUUCGAACGGCGCUUUGGGCUGCUAUCGAUGAUGAAAUAUCAUUAAGUGAAUGUGAUAUUUAUAGUUAUAAUCCAGACUUUGCAUCGGAUCCGUUUGGAGAAGAUGGAUGUUUGUGGUCAUUUAAUUAUUUCUUCUACAAUAAGAAAUUAAAACGCAUUGUGUUUUUUCCGUGCAGAGCAAUAAAUCCUCUCUAUGUACUAGAUUCUGGAGUCGGCAGUGAUUUUGCCAUGGAUGAAGAUGAAGAGAGAUACUAAAUUUAUAAUACGCGUUUACAAACUUUAUCAUCUUUAUUAGUUUUGCCAUACAAAGGCAUAAGUGAACAUUGAGUUUCACGUAUUACAUAUUAUGUACAAUCGUACUUCUCAACUUUCAUGUUUGUAUAUAUCUUCUUUUUGCAGUGAUAUUUGUUUGAAAUUCGACACUUGUAAUAGAAAAUUGUAUUGUUCUCCUUCUUAGCCUUCAGUAUAGUAUAAAAGUUUAGUUACAGUCAACAAAGAAUGAAAUAGAAGAGUAAGGUUGGAAGAUAUCAAAAUCAUAUCUUUUCCUUGCAAAUUUAUCAUUUAUACAUAUAUAUAUAUAUGUAUGUAUAUAUAUUACUAUUCAAUAUACUUUAAGGAUAUAAAUCAGCUACAUAUUAACCGAAUAUGGUAAGUUUAAGAAUUUCAUAGAUUUUUUUUCCGUGUGACAUAAAUAUUCAUAUUUAAAAUAUCUGUGAAAAUCUUCUUACUAUUUAAAUAUAAAAGCAACAACAAACUUAGUGGGUUUUUAAAUUGAUGUUGUACUAAGUUAUUCUCUUUUUGUUCAAUUAUUAUGGCAAUAAGAGUAAAACUAAAGCAUUUCUAAUCCAUAUUAUAAAAUGGGAGUACAAAAUCAUUAGAGCAAUAGUAGAUUUAAAAGUGCAGCAUUAACUUCUGAAUCCUAGUCAUAUUUUUAAGUUACAAAAGAUUUGUUAGCUAUUUGUGCUUUUUACAGGAAAAGUUGGUCACGAAAUGUUUUUGACGUAUUUAUAAACUUUUAAUAUAAAACUACAUCCUUCCAUGUUUCAUAUACAUGUAUCAUUUUUAAUAGAUGUCCACGAAUAUAAUUUGUGUAUUGACACGAUAAAUAUUCAUUUUUGUGAAUUAUCAUGAUUUUCAAUCGAUCUAUUGAAGUAAUCUCAAAUAAAUUUAUAAAAAGAUAUAGUAUGUAAAUUUUACGUAUACAUAGUAGAUUUUCUUAGAACUUCGAUAUAGAAUGAAAUUUAAUUUUAUGUUACUGAUGAAUAUAUACAUCUAUAUAUACAUAUAUAACUAUGAAUGACAAAAUAAACCAGUAUGCUCGAAUUUUAGAUUACUAGGUUUUGAUUAAAAACAGUAAUUUUCAAGCGAUUUGUAUAAUAUACAUAUAAUUUUAGUUUCCUUAACACUGCACGUUUUCAGCAGCAUUUGAAUUAACUUUACAUUUCAACAUAAUUCAAUUCUACACGAUUUUUGUCUUUACUUCUUUAAAAACAGAUGUAUUUACUAUAUAGAAAUUAGCUUUACCGGAUUAGCUUGUGUACAUUAAAUAAAUAAUAAAUCAACAAGCACAAA